AUGGAAAUAGCUUUAAAGGUCUGCAGCCUCGCUGCGCUCGCUCCAUUUACUGUCGAUAUUUUAGAGACGGCUUCGUGUGGUGCAGCGAUCCAGUCUCACUACGGUGAAAUAACUAGUCCAAACUACCCUUCCAACUACCCUAACAACACAAACUGUGUCUGGAACAUCACAGGGCCUCCUGGGUCCAGGCUUAUGCUGCAAUUUGUUGACUUUCAAGUGCUUCAAUCCACGAAUUGUGUAACUGAUUUUGUUCAGAUGUAUUUCGAUGGCAACUCCACAAUCAAGUUAUGUGGUGGAUUUAAUCGCUGGAAGAAAUGGCUUACGAACGAAAACCGUUUCGACAUAUUUUUCAAAUCUGGAUUCGGAAACAUUACUGAAAAACGAGGAUUUCGCUUAUUAUGGAAAGGUGUAGGGACGACAUUUCUUACAUCACGCACUACCUCAUGGUCGCAGGCACAGGGGAUGUGUUCUAAGGAAGGUGGCACAAUGUUGACUGAUGACACAUACAUAGGAUUAUCAAAGGAAGACCUUGCAUCUCAAAUGGACUUAGCGAACGUAACAAAGGCUUGGAUAGGGCGAUACUACACUCCACCUGGUUAA